AUGGGUCAAUGGCGGAAAGGUGGUGUUGAUGUUACUAUUGCACGAUGGUCCCCCAAUGUUCCUGUAGACCACGCUUCGAGCAGCGCCGAAUCAGUUUCACUUCAGCCAGUUCCUCAGAAAUCAUCCGAGACUUUUUCUGAAAAGUUUACUAAAUAUGUCCGUUUUGAAACACAUCCAAAUGGUGGUGCAACAUCCUUGAAGGUUGACUGGAGAGUAAUUGAACAGAACUUUGACAGGGAGGAACAACGUUGUUUUUUAGAAGAGUUUGCGACUAUUGGGUUAUCAGAAAAUGCUCAUGGGAAAGCCACUUAUGUUAUGGGUAUCAUCGAAAAUGGUUCUUCGCAUCUUCCUGAUUUUUUGCAAUAUUUUGCUACAAAAAGCCCCAACCUACCAGUUAAGGUUGGCUCCUUGACGAACAAACAAGUUGUGGAAACUACGACGCUAUCGCAGUACUAUCUAAAUGUUAUGGAGACGUACAGUAGUUCAACUUUCAGUUAUGGACCUUUGCUGUCAAUUAGUUUAGUUGGAAGGCGACAAGAAGAAUGUGGUGAAUUUUUUGAGGAGAUCUUGCAACGAAUCGAAUCACUUCCAUUAAUGGAGUUGCUGUUACCUUGGGGAAAAUGGUCUCAGAAUUAUCAUUACCGGCCAGAAGAAAGUGAUGAUGGUCCAAUAUUCUGGGUACGUCCUGGUGAACAGAUGGUUUGUUUUGACGAUUAUCGUAACCACGGAAUUAGAAGCGAAAAUGAGCGAAGUGAUGCUACGGUUGCCAGCCCUCGAAGGACUAGAGAACCUAGAGAAGUACUAUUUCAAGAUCGUACACCGUGUCAUGCUGACCAUUUGGGAGACGGAUCUCCUACAGCUGCUGUUGGAAUUGUACAGUCUGUGUGGGGCUUGGGAGAACAGAAUGACGUUACUCAGGAGCGUUUUGUCAAAGAUGUUAUUUGCUUUGAUGCUAAAGAUUACGAAACCUUAGUCUCUAAGCUACAUUUAGAUAUAUACGAACCACCAAUGUCGCAGUGUUCUAAAUGGGUUGGUGUUGGUAAAUUAAACCAACUGCGACGUGAGGGCGUUCGUUAUUCCCGCUUCUAUUUACGCGGCAAUGAUAUUUACUUCAUACCGCGAUGUGUGAUUCAUCAGUUUCAAACGAUCACUGCUUGUGCGUCGGUGGCUUGGCAUGUGCGUCUGGAUCGUUACUGCAAUGAAGGAGGAAAAGGUAGGUUUUCGAGAGGGCUGGUAUUUAGUGAACAGCAAUCAACUGAGUCCAGUCCAAAAAAACGCCCUCCACUUACCAGUCCAGAAACGGAGACUGGAAAAAGGAAGAGAGGAAGACCACGUAAAGUGGUGCCAGAGUCUUCGCAGUAG